UAUGACUAGUAAAACUCCGAUCUUUUAUUCCAAAAGGUUUACGACCUGGACAAGAUCAUCUUCACAGGCCCUCACAGUUCACCACCGGAAUCAGAACUCAGAAUGAAGAACAAAAAUACACCCUGAUCUUAAAUCAAUACUCAUAUAUUUCAUUCAUACUUCACAUAUAAUUUCAAGUUCUAUGAUGCUGAGAAGAAAAGCUGUGCUUUUGUGGGUGUUGAGGUUGAGCUGUUUGCUGGUGCUGAAAGUAGCUGCGAGGGUGCCACAAGAAGAAGUGGAUGCUCUCCAACAAAUUAUCACCACAAUGGGUGCAACAUAUUGGAGGUUCAAUGCCGAAUCUUGCAAAGUUGAAAUGGUCGGUAUGACGCCACAAGCACCAACUGGAUCCGAGAGUGAUGUUGUUUGCGAUCGUAACUUGAACAACACUGUCGGCCACGUCAUAAAGAUUGUCCUCAAGCGUUAUAGUCUUCCUGGUAUGCUUCCCCCUGAACUGGUGAAGCUUACUCACCUCCAAGAAAUUGAUUUUGCUUACAAUUACCUCAGUGGUACAAUACCACUCGAAUGGGCUUCAACACAGUUAACUUUAAUCUCUGUCCUUGCAAAUCGCUUAUCAGGGGAAAUCCCAAAGGAAUUGGGAAAUAUUACUAGUCUCACAUACCUGGACCUUGAAGCCAACCAAUUUUCAGGUACUGUUCCGCCGGAGCUUGGGAAGUUGAUUAACUUAAAAACUCUUAUGUUGUCCUCCAAUCGGUUGACAGGAAAGUUGCCGACAACGUUUGCUGAACUAAGAAAUUUAUCAAAUUUUAGGAUAAAUGAUAACAACUUCAGCGGACCGAUACCUGAUUUUAUACAGAAUUGGAACCAACUUACAAGAUUAGAAAUGCAUGCAAGUGGACUUGAGGGGCCCAUUCCAUCUAGCAUAUCUCUUCUGGAUAACUUGACUGAAUUGAGGAUUAGUGACAUAAAUGGGCCAGUUCAGGGUUUUCCUAUGCUGAGGGGCAUUACAGGCAUAGUAAGAUUGGUACUCAGAAACUGCAACAUUUCUGGAGAAAUUCCUGAAUAUGUUUGGGGGCUAAGGAAUAUGGAAAUGUUAGAUGUCAGUUUUAACAGGUUGGUGGGGGGAAUUCCAAAUGACAUUGGUGCAAGGAAUCUGAAAUUUGUAUUUUUAAUUGGCAACAUGCUAAGUGGAGAUGUACCAACUUCAAUUCUGAAGGAUGGAAUUAGUCUUGAUCUUUCCUACAAUAAUUUCACAUGGCAAGGCCCAGAGCAACCCGCUUGUCGGCCAAACAUGAACCUAUACAUAAACUUGUUUAGAAGCUCGUCAACAAAUAACACCCUAAGGGAUAUCCUUCCAUGUAUGAAGGACAUCAACUGCCCAAGAUAUGGGUGUUCUUUACAUGUCAAUUGUGGCGGCAACAGUUUGACGGAAGGGAAAUUUGUGUAUGAAGGAGAUGCAGCAGUUGAAGGUGGUGAUGCAAAAUACUAUACUAGUAGUGAUGAUUGGGGAUUUAGUAGCGGUGGGGACUUCAUGGACGAUGAUAAUUACCAGAACACGCGUUUUGUUGCAACCGCACCCUCAACACACAUCUCUGAAUUGUAUAGGACAGCACGUGUUUCUCCUCUUUCGCUUACUUAUGUCCGUUAUUGCAUGGAGAAUGGAGAUUACACCAUAAUUCUGCACUUUGCAGAAAUACUUUUCACAAAUGACAGUACAUAUAACAGUCUUGGGAGGCGGAUAUUUGAUAUUUAUAUUCAGGAAAAAUUAGUUUGGAAGGAUUUCAAUAUAGAAGAUGAGGCUGGGGGGGUUCAAAUGCCUGUAGAAAGGCCAUUCAAUGCCAGUGUGACAAAGAAUUUCUUAGAGAUCCGAUUCUAUUGGGCUGGUAAAGGGACUACACGCAUUCCUAACAGAGGAGUUUAUGGUCCACUUAUAUCAGCUAUUUCGGUUAAUCCGACUUUCAAAUCUUGCUCAAAUGGUGGAAAGAAGAAGGGCCUAUUAUCUGAUGGUACUGUAAUCGCAGUGAAGCAACUCUCCUCUAAAUCAAGGCAAGGAAAUCGUGAAUUUUUGAAUGAGAUAGGCAUGAUUUCUUGUGUGCAGCAUCCAAAUCUUGUUAAGCUUCAUGGAUGUUGUAUCGAAGGGGAUCAAUUGUUGCUUGUAUAUGAGUACAUGGAAAACAAUAGCCUUGCCAGUGCUUUGUUUGGUGAGUUAUAUAAUUUUGCUACCCCAUUCAUUCCACGCUUUUACCAUCCGCUACAAAUGGCUUCAUCAAUUAAUGUUAUGGUGUUGGAUAAUGUUCAGGUUCAGAAGACAGUCAAUUGGUACUGGAUUGGCCAACAAGGUUUAAAAUCUGUAUUGGAAUUGCUAGAGGUUUAG